AUGAUGAUAUUUUCGAAUCCUCCAACCUCUCAAACCCACGUACUUGAAGACUAUCGUGAAGAGAAUAAAAGAAAUCUUUCCGGUAAGAAUACGAAUGUAUCACGAUCUGAAUAUAAUCCUUUGUAUGAUACAUUUCAAUCAACAAUAUCUCCCAAUUUCAAUGGUGAACAAUCAUUGGAUUUCGUCGAAUCUAAACAAAGAAGAUCACCUCCUAAUUAUCGAUCAUUAACACCACCACCACGUUUUAUCAAUCAUUUUCAUGAUUCAUUUAAUAAUACCAAUGCAUUGUCGCCUCAAAAUCAUCGCAUAUCGGAUGAUACUGAUCAUAGACUAAUACGAUUUAACGAUCAUCUACAGCAACAACAGGAACUACAACCACGAUCAUCUAAAACGAAUGCAAAAAAAACUGAACCUACUAACAGCACUGCUGCUAGUGAAGUUGAAUUACUUAUGGACAGAGAUGGAAUGGGAGGUAAUGAAGAAAUACCAAAAACCGGUCGCCGAACAAGACGAAGAUUGUUGAAUAAUUUACUUGAUUUUAUUGCUAUCGUGUCUACGGCUCUUAUAUUUGGUAUAAUUUAUUUACUUGUAAAACCCGUCCAACGAGGAUUUUACUGCGAUGAUAAAUCAAUCAUGUAUCCAUUCCGAGAUGAUACAAUUCCAAUGUGGAUGCUAGGUAUUUAUGGUGGAAUAUGUCCUGUAAUUAUUUUUUUCAUUGUUGAAAUAUGGGUGGUUCGACCGUUUCAUUGUCGUCGUGGAUCUUCUAAUCAAAGUUUGAAACAACGUCAAGUUGAUUAUGUCAAAGCCAUAUUUCACACCGUCUUUUUAUUUGGCCUUGGAAUAGCUGUAUGUUUUCUUAUUACAGAAGUUGGAAAACGUACAAUUGGACGUUUAAGACCAUAUUAUUUGACGGUAUGUAAUCCAACAUGGUCAGCAAUUACUUGUUCAAAAAAUGUGACAACAGCCAGCGGUGCGAUGCUAAUUCCUCAAUACAUCUGGGAUCAUCAAUGUAAUCCAAAUGUAUCAUUAUCUAUACUUCAAGAAGCUCGUCUGUCAUUUCCUAGUGGACAUUCUAGUUUUGCUACCUUUUCUUUUAUUUUCUUAUUUGUCUAUUUUGAAGCACGACUCGUUUGUCCUGAUAUACAAUUUUUGAAACCAUUUUUACAAUGUUUAUGUGUCGCUAUUGCAUUUUUCACAUGUUUGUCAAGAGUAACGGAUAACAAACAUCACCCAACAGAUGUAAUUGGAGGAGCCAUCAUUGGAUUUAGUAUUGCAAUUUUUACAGCUGUAAGAGUUGGUACUUAUUUAUGGUCACUCUCGGUUUAUUGCGAAACAAAUGAAGAAACAGAAAAAGAUCAAUUACCAAAAGAAAAGCGUAUACCUGCACCAGAAUUAGAUACAGAGAAUAAAAAAAGUGAAAAUCCAAACAUUUCAGAGGUACAAUAUCAUACAAAGGACACAACGGCAACGAAUCGAAAUGUAAACCGUGGCAAUUAUGAUAAUGUUAAACCAUUUUCAUCAAAAAAUCAUGUUACACCAUACACGCCUUUUCCAACCAGCGGAGGUGGAAACAAAAUUUCGCAUAAAGCGUUUGAUGAAGCGCCUGUAUGA